AUGGUGGCCAAAACAGCAGCAAAGGCUCAAUCGUCCAUCGUCACUGUGGAUGCUUUGCAGAAGGAAACAAUCACUGAGGUUAUUAGAGUAUCUUUUUUAUUGCAAGAUACGCCUUUUUCAGCCUUUUUUCAGGUCGCUUACAAAUUUUGGGCACCUUUCUCGAAAACUCAUGCUGCCUACUCUGCUCCGUUGGUUGACACAAUUUAUCAGCAUGAAAUGAUCGCAACACAUUUUAAUCCACGGAAAAUCAUUAUGCUAGAAUUCAGUCAGUACCUUGAAUGCUACCUAUGGCCGAACUACAGCGAAGAAGCUAGUGUUGCGCACGUUAUGUCAAUACUGAUUAUGCUCAAUGAGAAGUUUCGGGAACGCAUAGAUGCAUGGCAGUGUUUCAUCAAGAAACCCGAACACUUUCCUGGAUUUAUACAUCGAGUAUUGAAGCUGUCGCUUGACGAAACUUCACGAAGUAGCGCCGAACAAUGUGCAAUCAUCACCUUCCUCGUUAAUAGUUUCAACUCAGUGGUAAGAUUUUGACU